AUGGCGCGCCCGCGCGCGCUCGGCGGCGCCGCCGCGCCGCGAGCGAUGGUGACGAAGACCCCCGAUCGCGUCGGUGGACGCGCGAUGACCGCGACGCGCGCGAUCGGGCGUGGUGAGCUCGCGUUCGUCGAUGUGGAUUUUCUCGAUUUCGUCCCAACGCGCGGACGCGGGUCCACGGCGCGCGCGUGCGCGCGUUGCGGACGCGACGACGACGAACGAUCGAUCGUGGAGACGUUGCGGGCGAUCUCGCGCGAGGGGCGAUGCGGGGGGGAUGUAGGGGGUGAUUGGGUGACGUGCGCGCGAUGCGGGCGCGGCGACCGGGACGGCGACCGGUUCGGGACGCGUCGCGUGGUGACGGGAGACGCGAAUGCGCGAGAGGACGAGCGAGCGAUCGAAGAAUUGGCGAAACGGAUGAUGCUGCGAGAUCUCGCGCGAGGGAAAGGGGUGUUGGGAGGUGCGGGAGGCGAGGCGCGCGGCGACGUCGAGGCGCUUUGGAGACGCGUCGAGGCGUUCGGGACAAAGCACCACGACGCGCGGUUGCUCGACGACGGGUUCAGAGGACGAGCGAGUGAGAACGCGAAGGAUGUACGCGAACGGUUCGAGCGCGAGUUCGGUGCGAAGUUGACGGAUGCAUGUGACGUGAGCGAGGACGCGUUUUUGGAGGCGCUGUCGAAAGUGGCGCUCAACGCGCUCGAGGUGAAGAUCCCGAGCCGCCUCACGCGAUUCUUCGCCGAGAUGGACGACGACGAACGGUACGCAUCGCCGAGCGCGAGAAGAGAGAUUGUGGAUAUCCUUCGCGAGAUCGUGCGCGUGCGAGGUAAGGAGGUCGACGGGAGCGACGAAGACGGGAGCGCCGACUCGGAUGACGAUUCACAGGAGGACGACGAUUCGUCAUCAGAUGAUGAUUCAGAGGAGGAGGAGGAGGAGGAAGAGGAUGAUUCAGAAGAAGGUGACGAAGUUAUGGAGUUCUCCAUCGACGGCGUGUCGUUUACGAGCGAACUCUUUCCGCCCACGGAGGGCGUCGUUCUACUCGGCUCGGCGUCGAACAUCAACCACUCGUGCGAGCCGUCGUGCGAGGUCGCCUUCAUCCACGACGCCCGCGCGCACGUCAUCGCCACGCGUGACAUCACAAAGGGCGAAGAGAUCACGAUUUCCUACGUCCCCGGUUCCUGGCCGCUACGUCGUCGAAGAAAAGAGCUCCUCGACCGGUACGGCUUUGCGUGCGACUGCGCCCUGUGCGAGCGUCAGCUCGCCCUCGCAUCCCGCCGUCGCGUUCGCCAGAGAACGACUUCGCGUUGCGACACAUAA